GAAUAUAGUUUGACCCACACCUGGGCCAAUCCACGCACGGCAAACCACAAGUUGCAACUCCUCAUCUUGAGAAAUCACUACUGUUUUUGUCCCCUUAUCCAACGGCCCAGAUUUAACGCCUUUGCAACAAACCGCGUCCUCCUCACCUUCCGCUCCACAUUAUAACUUCCCAACCGCACCACCUUCUCCCCAGCACCACUCCAAUUCCCUUCACUACUCGUCUCAUCUACUCUCUCUCUCUCAAACACACACACUCGCUAGAUAUGGGGGCGAUGAACAGUUGGAUGUCGAUGAGGAUGAUUCUGAUAUCAGCUGGAGUUUUGUCCGCGGCUAUGGGGCUCAAGUUGUCGAUUCCGAUCGCCGUGGACGGGGUUCCAGCGUUGUGGUCGGUCAUUUUGUCGUGGAUGAAGCCUCCGUAUUUGUAUAUAAUCAUUAAUGGCAUCAUCAUCACCAUCGCCGCGUCGUCGCGCUUCCACCAGAGCCAGACGGAGCCUGCGGCGGUUCGAUCUGAGCACUUGAUUUCGGUCAUAACUCCUCCGGCGGAGAGUUUUGAACCGCUUUCGGCUCCGGAGAAUGUCAACACUACCGCCGUGCCGGAACCGGCGGCAGAAGUUGUGGUGUCGGCGGUUGAAGACAGGGUUGUGGAUUUGAAACCUGUGGUGGUGAACGGUUCGAAAAUUGAUUUCGCAACAGAAGUAGACGAUCUACGUAUACUUCGAGCUGAAGCUGAAGAUGCGUUUGAUGAAUCGACUUUGCCGUACAAUCCGCCGCUGCGCGAGACUUAUUCUCCGGAAGUUCAAUUGGAGUCGCUCUUUCCAGCGAGGGAGAAACCACUGGCUUCUUCCAGAUUCGUACACCGGAAGCCAAGCAGAACCCCUCCUGAAGGUGCGAGGGCGCUGCGGCGGGUGGCUCGGCCGAAGAAGCAGGAGACGCUGGAGAGCACGUGGAAGAUGAUAACCGAGGGGCGGCACGUGCCGCUCACGAGACACCUGAAGAAGUCCGACACGUUUGAGCAGCACGCGUCCCCCGCCAUGGAUCACGUCGCCGCCGUGUCCAAGGCGGAGACGUUCAAGGACCGCAGCGACUAUGAGGCGCCGCCGCCGCCGCCGCCGAGGAUCCGGAAAGAACCGUCGUUGGGGCAAGACGAGUUGAAUCGGAAAGUGGAAGCCUUCAUCAAUAAGUUCAACGAAGAUAUGAGGAUGCAGCGCCAGGAAUCACUGCAACAAUACAAGGAGAUGAUCAAUCGUGGAGUCUAGUCUUACCUCCAUCAGAUUCGCAUUUUCUUUUUCUUUCUUUUUUUGUUUUUUGUGAAUGCAUAAAAUUCAAGAUAACUUCUUUUCGAAAAAAGAAUCUAAAAGAAGAAUCACGAUUAGAAGAAAUCAUUUUCAAUUCUUUGGUUAGAAGCAUACGGAUUAACAGAAAAAAAAAAAAGUUAUAUGUAGCCUAGGUCAUGGAGAACUAUUAUUGUAUUACUUUCGUUUAUUUGAUUGUGUACAUUAAUAUGAAUUUGGUUGUAGAGUGUA